ACCCUGUGAAUCUAGUGGACGGUUUCAUUCAAAUCGUAUUAUUGUGAGAUCUGCGUUUGGGUCGACCAUUACAUUUUAGUAAUAUUUUGAGUACUGUGGUGUCGCCGUUAAAUUUAUAUAAUUUUUUAUAUAACAAAACGAAGCUUUCUCAUCGACCAUCACUUGAGAAAAAAAUUGUGAUUAUUUACAUAAAUUGAUCAAUAUGCCGCAUUUAGUUCAUUCACACAAAGGGAAGCAUUCCGAUUCUCUAAAGCGGAAGGCGGAUAGGAAGAAAAAAUUCAAUGUGAUUAUUCAGGAUAUUGUCAUUGAUUACAACCAUCCGAAAAAUCAAACAACCAAACCAAAGUCGGUACAGAAAAGAAAACUACUGAACGAUGAUUGGGACUGGGCGCCAUAUCCCAGAAGAUUCAAAACACAACGAGACGAUGUGUUCGAAAACAGCGGUUAUUUGUCAGAUGGGUUGGACGAUUCGCGAAUUGUUCCCGGCUGGGAAGAUAAUGAACAGGACAGCAACGAUCUAUUGUUCUGUGCAGAUGACGAACCUACGGGCUCAAAGUCUGCAGACAUUCAUAUAGUAACAAUAGAUGAAAUCAUUGAAUUCGAAAACUCAAAAUCACCUGAUCAUGGCUUUGAAGAAGCACCAAUUUCUUUCGAUAUGGAAGAGUUCUGUGAAAUCGUUGCAACUGAAGAAGGGAACGGAAAUGACAUAAAAAUCGCUAGACAGGAUGAAGCUUUAAAUAUGUUACUGGCAUUUACCAACAACCCUCGACUGGUGGUUUUUGAUGAAAGUCCUCCAACAUUGAAAGGAAUCAAACAAAUGGAACCAACCGCGGAUUUGUGCGACUCAAAUGAACCUGCCCAGGUUGAAGUUACAAAUGAAUUGGAAAAUGAUUGCCAGAUUGAAGAGUUUAAAUUCGCUCGAUGUUUUAAAUGUAGACGAAAGGUCUACGUCAUGCAAGAUUGUCCACGCCAUAUUAUGAAAGGAGCAAUUGUUAAAAAUAAGUGAUUAUCUAGGCUGAUAGUGCUGAUCAGACUGUUUGUAGACAAAAUGGUGUAUUCUAUGUCGCCGUGAAUUUCGUUGAUAGUUCCUGCCGUAUGUAUUUAUGUAAUUUAUUUAAAGGAAACGCUUUGAUUGAUAUUUUAGUAUUUAUGUGAAUGAAUUUUAAUUUCUUAGUUAAGAUAUUAGCGAAUAAAGAAAAAAUCUUUGGAAA